AUGUCUUACCUCGCCUCCGCCCGCUACGGCAAGGACAAUGUCCGCGUCUACAAGGUCGAGCGCGACGGCGCCACCCAGACCGUCACUGAAAUGACCGUCUGCUGCCUGCUCGAGGGCGACAUCGACACGUCGUACACAGCCGCCGACAACAGCGUCGUCGUCGCCACUGACUCCAUCAAGAACACCAUCUACAUCAAGGCCAAGGAGAACCCCGUCAACCCUCCCGAGCUCUUCGCCUCCAUCCUCGGCGCCCACUUCCUCGACACCUACGCCCACAUCCACACUGCCAACAUCAAGAUCGUCCAGCACCGCUGGACCCGCAUGACCAUCGACGGCAAGCCGCACCCUCACUCAUUCUUCCGCGACGGCGAGGAGACUCGCAAUGUCGAGGCUCGCGUCUCCCGCCAUGAAGGCAUAGCUCUCGCCAGCGCCAUCCAGAAGCUCACCGUCCUCAAGUCCACCGGCUCCGCCUUCCACGGCUUUGUCCGCGACGAGUACACCACCCUUCCCGAGACCUGGGACCGCAUACUUUCCACCGACGUCGACGCCGGCUGGACCUGGAAGUUUUCGGACCUUGCCGCCGUGAGGGCCGCCGUGCCCCGCUUCGACCCGGCGUGGCAGGCAGCCCGCGACAUUACUAUGAAGACCUUUGCCGAGGAUGAGAGCGCCAGCGUGCAGAACACAAUGUACAAGAUGUGCGAGCAGAUCCUCGCCGCCGUCCCCGAGGUCCUGACCGCCACCUACUCCCUUCCCAACAAGCACUACUUUGAGGUUGACCUCAGCUGGCACAAGGGACUCAAGAACACGGGCAAGGACGCAGAGGUCUACGCCCCACAGUCCGGGCCCAACGGUCUCAUCAAGUGCGAGGUCGGGCGCAAGCCCGAGACGGCCAAGUUGUGA